GUGUCAUGUGAAAGUUAGCGGAAGCUUUGAGGGAAACUCACAGCUAAGCAGGCGACGCGUUGUGUAGAAUCGUUCUGCAUCAUUACAGGCACAAAGUGUUGACAAUGUGGCUGGUAAAUCUUGUGUGUUUUGCUGCUGUGUGGAAUUUGUGCGAGUCAGUGGACGGCGGGAUGCUUUUCCCUCAGGAGUCUCUGUCGCGGGAGGUGAAGGAGCUGAACGGGCUGUGGACAUUCAGAGCUGAUUUCUCUUCCAACAGGAACCAGGGCUUCGAUCAGUUUUGGUUUAAACGUCCGUUAUCAGAGUCCGGUCCUGUCAUAGACAUGCCCGUACCCUCCAGCUUCAACGAUAUAACUCAAAACCCUAAACUGAGAGAUUUCAGCGGCUGGGUGUGGUACGAGAAGGAGGCGUGGGUCCCUCAGAGCUGGCUUCAGAACAAGGACACAAGGAUUAUGCUCAGAGUUGGAAGUGCUCAUUACUAUGCAGUGGUUUGGGUGAACGGGGUCCAGGUGAUGGCGCAUGAGGGUGGCCAUCUUCCCUUUGAAGCGAAUAUUAGUGAUGUGAUCCGGAUGAAUGGAAGUAUGCCAUGUCGUAUCACCAUCGCUGUUAAUAACACCCUGAACCUGCACACUCUUCCACCAGGAACCAUCCAGUACAUGAACGAUCCUACCAAAUAUCCUGCAGGUUACUUCGUUCAAAACACCAACUUUGAUUUCUUUAACUAUGCGGGAAUACAUCGCUCUGUGUUAUUGUACACAACUCCGAAGGCGUACAUUGAUGACAUCACUGUGACUACUUCCUUUUCAGACAGUACUGGGUUUGUGCAUUACAACGUGACACCAGGAGGCAGUGCCAAGCCCGCCGUUAAGGUCACGCUUAUGGAUAAAGAUGGCCGAUGUGUAUCCACUGCUGAUGGAACCCUUGGUGUUCUCAAAGUGCCUGAAGUCAACCUGUGGUGGCCUUAUCUGAUGCACCAGAACCCAGGAUACCUGUACUCCAUGGAGGUUCAGCUCACAGCGGAGAGUGGCAGUGUGGAUUACUACACACUGCAGGUGGGUAUUCGCACCAUCAAAGUCACCAGUACACAGUUCCUCAUCAACAACAAGCCCUUCUACUUCCAUGGAGUCAACAAACACGAGGAUGCAGAUAUUCGAGGGAAGGGCUUUGACUGGCCUCUCGUCGUGAAAGAUUUCAACCUGAUGAAGUGGAUGGGCGCAAACUCAUUCCGCACUAGUCAUUACCCCUAUGCUGAGGAGAUCAUGCAGAUGGCUGACCGCCAUGGCAUUGUGGUUAUAGACGAGUGCCCCGGAGUGGGCAUCAAAGACAUACGCAGCUUUGAUAAUACCUCACUGGCCCAUCACCUGGUCGUCAUGAAGGAGCUGGUGAGGCGGGAUAAGAAUCACCCCUCUGUGGUCAUGUGGUCUGUAGCCAAUGAGCCAGCAGCUGAGAUGCCUCCAGCAGGCUUCUAUUUCAAACAACUGAUAACGUACACACAAUCUUUGGACCCAACACGUCCGGUGACCUUCAUCACAGACAGUAACUAUGCCAGAGACCAAGGAGCUCCCUACGUAGACGUGAUCUGUGUGAACAGCUACUUCUCCUGGUACCAUGACCCUGGGCAUCUGGAAGUCAUCUCCAUCCAGCUGCACAGUCAGUUUGACGACUGGUACGGAAAAUACAAGAAACCCAUCAUACAGAGCGAGUACGGGGCAGACGCUGUAGCAGGCCUGCACAAUGACCCCCCGUUUAUGUUUACUGAGGAGUACCAGAGAACUGUCCUGCAGAACUACCACCAUGUGUUUGAUCAGAAGAGGAAGGAGUUUGUUGUGGGAGAGCUCAUCUGGAACUUUGCUGACUUCUUGACCGCUCAGGGCAUCACUCGUGUGGUGGGCAACAAGAAGGGCAUGUUCACUCGGCAGCGGCAACCCAAAGCAGGAGCGUUCCUUCUGAAAGAGCGCUACUGGAGGAUCGCCAAUGAAACAGGUGUCCUGUCCACGUGGGACAGAUACCCCUGCCUGUGAAGCCUCUACCUUGGCUGCCAUGUUACACCUGUGUGUGUGUGUGUGUGUGUGUGUGUGUGUGUGUGUGUGUGUGUGUGUGUGAGAGAGCGGCCGAGAGUGAGAGAACUACAAUUAUUAGCUGUGAAAAUUAGUCAAAAUAUUUAGACUCAAAAUAGUGCCUUAUGUCAAUGAGUUAAAGAUCAGAUUUAUGUUUCUGGCUGAGUAAUUCAGGGAGGAUUUAAAAUUUGAACACAAUUUUUAAUCCUUGUAAACAGCAAUAAAGCUGUCAAUCGUAUUGAACACAAAUCAGCACGAAUGUCAGGAUGUUGUAGGUGUACGAGGUUAACAACACUAGUACCGCUUAAAUAGCGGUGCAUUGCCCAAGCUGGACUGUGCAAAAGUAGAUGUUUUCUUCUCACUGCCUGUUUGGGUACCAAAAUCCAAGCUCAGUUUCCCAGCGUGCAAUCAACUUUCAUCACCAUAGCAUUCAGUUUCUCCACUAAUGUUUCAGAUUUCAGUGUCAAAAUAAGACUUUGUAUCUAUUAAGGCUAUGAACAGUGUUAUUUCAUUUCAGUUUUGGGAACAUGAUGGAGUGUGCCUGUUAUGUCUUCAAUUAUUUCAAGUAAUUGAAGCAUUUCAAGUCUCUCUUUGUUUCCGUGACGUUCCCGACAUGAACUGCAUUCCGUCCUUGUUCGCGACCCUGAGAGCAGCUUUUUAAAAGCACACAAACCAAUACAGGCAUUUUUCUUAUGUUGGAUUUAACUGAUGUUUCGUGUGAGGGAAUGUAGCGACAAAUUUGAUCACCUGUGUAUUGAAACAGAGAUUACACAUCAUUAUUUUCAUAUGCACAUAUAAUUUAUGUUAAACGAUCUGGAAAGAUCCACCUGCUGCCUUUAUUUGUGCUUCGACUCUUCCGACUUGAACACAUUCCUGGCUAACAAGUGAAGACACAUCCUGUGAUAUAUCACUAUGCUGGUUUACUACCGAGUUACUUGAUAAGCUCACUCUUUGGCAGUUGUUUAUCUAAUACAGUGGAUAUAAAAAGUCUAGGCACAGGAGAUGCCCUCACAAUUUGACGGCUCUAGAAUGUUUUUGCAUGAAAGAGUGAAUAAAUAUUGCCAAGUCAAGAUGUGCCAUGCUGACUCUUACCUAAAAAAAGACUGAGUGGUGUAAUAAAAGUAUUAGUUUAUGCAAUAGGUUUAUUGUUUGAUUUCUGUUUUUUACUUUAUUUGUAUACUGUGUACAAGGUGAGAAAAAUUAUGAUUUAUCUUAAUUUCAAUCAUUUACUUCAGGAAAAACUGCCAUUUUAACACAGGUGUGUAGACGUUUUUUAUCCAUCGUAGACAGUCAGGACGUGCCGAGUCGUUUCAGAUUUCAGGAUUUACUAGUAGACCUACUUUUGAUGAAAUGACUGCAUUAAUAUCUCAUUAUUACAUGGAAAUGAUACAAGUUGGGCAUGAUUAGCAGAUGUUUGGGAAGAAUCGACUGUAAAAAAAAAGAAAAAGGGCAAGGCCUUUUGAGGCUCACCGACUAUCUGAUGUCCUCGCGGUUUGUUUCUACCGUUAGGUUUAAUGGUUUUAUUCCCUCUUGGCCGUUCUGUGUAUCAGUUACAUAAAUGGCUUUUUGUUAAAUGGCUUUAAUUUACCUUUGGAUAUGUGUAAUGUUUUUGGUUUUGUUGUAUGGUAGUUUAUUUUUUCCCUAAGUAUUUAGGUUUUUGAAAAUUGUGAUACCAAACAAAUUUUUACAACUUGUACAGCUUUUUCCCUUUCAAUAAAGAUCGAAUUCAUAUGUGA